GUCACACUGGUUGUGAAACGACCACACUGCAUCACGAUUAUCUAAACAUUUAUUUCGAAGUAAAAUUAUUAAAAUGAACAGCGCCAGGGCUAUGAGCAAAGUAUGGGCACAGCAGUCGGCCUUCAAUCGAAUCGUCACAUUUUCCACGAAAGCCACGCAACAUGCCGCCGCCGCUGUCUCAUCGGCAGGCGCCGAACCGCCAGGAGAAGAGAAAACUAGCGCGACUCCUCCCGCUGCAGCUCAGCCACCUACACCCACACCCACGCCAGUGCGAAAACCCAUUGUACCCUCGAACUAUCGGUUCAUUUAUCCCGAAUUCCUGCCCGACCCCAAAGUAGAGUGGCGCAAUCCGAUCCGUGAGAAGCUGGACCGGCGGCGUCAAAUUGAUCUGCCCGAGUUUUAUGUGGGCUCUAUAAUGGCGGUAACCAGCUCCGAUCCCCAAGCUGCGGGCAAGACAAGUCGCUUAGUCGGGAUUUGCAUAAAUCGUGACCGUUGUGGUCUCCGCGCUCGCUUCGUACUACGGAACGUGAUUGAUCACCAGGGCAUGGAGGUGGUCUACGAACUAUACGAUCCCACCAUUCAAAAGGUCGAAGUGCUACGUCUCGAGAAGCGGCUGGAUGACAACCUGUUUUACCUCCGUGACGCUCUGCCGGAGUUCAGCACGUUUGAUGAGAAGAUGGAAACCGAACAUCUAGAAGAGGGCGCUCCAGUGCCGGUAAAUGAUAUCAAAGUUGUACUCCGUCCGCGGCCCUGGUUGGAGCGUUGGGAGCGCCAAAAUCUACGCGGUGUGGCGAAUAUUGAUCAGUAUAUUAAGGACAAGCACCGCAAAUCGGCGGAGAAGGUGCAAAAGCCUUGGGAGAAGUACGAUCUGAUGAAGCAAUAUCGCUCCACCAUACCCGAGGAAGAGCAGAAGGAGGUCUUCGCCGAGGUCCACACGAAACUGCACAGCCUGGAGCUGCAGCGCAAACGCAAUAAGCGGAAGCGCACCUUUGCGAAGCCCAAACAGCUUGCUUAAAGAAUGCAUUUGUCAUCCAUUCGUAGUCUAAGGAGACAUCAACAAGAGCACAUUCCACUGGCAGCCUUUGAGGGCCCGCGAUCAUUCUCGAACAUGAAUGAGCUGAGGGAGCCGCGUGUCAAGCACAGCGACAAUGGCCUGUUUAAGUGACAAGAAUGCAAUGCAGUAUUCAUCGACAUCCUUUUUCUGCAGAUCCACAGUAAAGAGCAUGCUGGUGAGCAAGGGCAACUGGAGCGUAGCCGAGGAGCCACACUCUUUAGGGCUAAGAAACAGGUCGACUCCGACUCGAAGAAGAGUGUUUUAGAAAUGUUUUCCUGCCAUGACGCUAAUAGUCGCUCAAAGAGUCCAACAAUGCUAAAGAAGAUGAAGCUCACCAACCCCGACCCUGCUAUAUCAAGCCCCACAAAGAAGAGCUGCAUGACCCAAUCCUUGCCAAU